AUGACCGCUACAUCGUCGAGAAGCACCGAGGAUCUGGCGCCUUUCUGCUCGCUGAAAGAGCUCGAUUUGACCGGAAAUACAAUCAGAUUCACCGCGAGCAGCUGUGAUUGUCAGGAGUUUAACGCCUGGGUGAAGCUACGACAAAUCAAGAUGAAGCCUAAUUUUUACAAAUGCACCAAUCCACCAGCAGCUCUGAACAAGAACUGUGCCAACGUGAGAUUCAGCAAUCGGACAUACGAGCUGUUCAACGAGUGCUCUAUGAUACCGCAGAAGAUGGAGACCGAGGAAGUUGGAACGGUCUGGAUACACGUUGCCUCGUGCAUUCCGGUGUUUCUCAUCGUGGUCUUUGUGGCGUUGUUUUGCGUGUACAAGCGGUACCGUAGGCGGCGCAAAAGACAUUAG